AUGGGACUUGUGAAACUAUGGUGGUCUAACCGAGCCAUACGCCGUCUUGAGAUCAUUGACGAGGAGAAGCGCGUACGAAUGUCCCUCAUGUCACGUUGCGGUAUCGAAAACAUGCGAGCUCCCGAGAUCCCUUUUGGUGUUCGUGCUAUUCUGAGCGGCGUCGAGGUGGAGGGCAUCUGGAUCUCAAGGCCAAAUUCGCCUGGGCCAUGCCAACUCACACCAGUAGCAACUCAGGUUGGUCGGCGCAUUAGAAUAUCCAAAGGAAAGGGGAAAAUGAUAGACAUAGGGUCAUCUGAAUGUCUAUCAGGCGCACUCAACUCGGAAACGACGCCAAGCUACCCAGCAUCUACAAAGACAUCUCAGCAGGAUGGCAUUGUCUCAACAGAGGGCAUCCAGAGCCAGCAAGAACAUUCCGACUCAGCUAGUUCAAUGACAAAGCUUCAACUUGACUCAAUUGCCCGACCAAAUUCACAGAUAAACUGCAACCAUACGGGUUCUAGAUCAUCUAGCAGUUGCAACGAUGACUUCAUUACGCCAGAACAAACACCGCCGGGAUCUACCUAUAGAGCAGCUAAAUGCCCUACCACACGUGAGAAAGCCGUCGACGGGAAGCGUGGCAAUGCCAAGCGGGCACCCCAAAGUCCUCAGAUCAGAGAGAAGGCGAUUAAUAUCGGAAUCGUCGAGCAGUUAGCAAAGCAUCACGAAUUCUUGCAAGUGUCCAAUUUCUCUGAUUGUCAUUGA